UUAAUAGCAGAAACAUAAAAUAUUGUCAUAAAAAAAAUAUUUGAGAGAGAAAAGCAAAUUGCAUUUCCUAGUUUUCACAUAAAAACAGAACAGGUUCGUUCUGUAUAAAUAUGCAAUAGUUCUGUAACAAUGCAUUUUGCAGAGCUUGAAUCUUCAGCCUGGGAGCGUAGUUGUCUUGGUUAGAGGUCAUACGCGGUAUCAGAUUAGCAAUGACAACUUCUUCCUUCUUCUUCGCUCUGCUAUUGAUUCCUCUUACUUUCUCAGAUUUGUUUGUGCAAAUCCAGAGCUUUAAUUUUGGAAUCAAUUAUGGGCAACUUGGCGACAACCUUCCAUCUCCCUCUAGUGUGGCUGCUCUGAUAAAAUCUCUGAAAGUCUCCAAAAUCAAACUCUAUGAUUCUAAUCCAGAUAUUCUAUCCGCAUUCGCCGAUUCAGGAGUGGAAUUCAUCAUAGGAACGAGGAACGAGGAUCUACCGAGCUUGAGAGACCCUUCUAAUGCUCAGAAAUGGAUUCAGCAGCAUGUUCAACCUUAUAUUUCCCGAACCAAAAUCACUUGCAUAGCUGUUGGAAACGAGGUUUUCGACUACAAUAAUCCUCAGCUCACGACAAGUCUUCUCCCUGCAAUGCAAAGUAUGUAUAAUGCCCUUGUUAGUCUAGGACUUGCACAACAGGUCACUGUUACUUCUGCUCAUUCUUACAAUGUUAUAGCCUCCUCAUUCCCUCCUUCAUCUGGGGCGUUCAGGCAAGAUCUGAUACAGUAUCUUCAACCCAUUCUUAACUUUCAUGCUCAGAUCAAAUCACCCUUUCUCAUUAAUGCAUAUCCCUUUUUUGCAUACAAGGGAAACCCAAAUCAGAUUUCCUUAAACUAUGUGCUGUUUCAGCCUAAUUCAGGGUCUACUGACCCAGUUACCAAUUUACAUUAUGAUAACAUGUUGUUUGCUCAAAUUGAUGCUGUUUACGCUGCCAUUAAGAGAUUGGGUCAUACUGAUAUUGAAGUGAAGAUUUCAGAGACUGGUUGGCCUUCUAAAGGUGGCCCUGAUGAAAUUGGAGCCACACCACAGAAUGCAGAAAUAUACAAUAGUAAUCUGUUAAAAAGGAUAGAGCAGAAACAGGGUACUCCUGCAAAGCCAUCUAUCCCAGUUGAUGUUUUUGUCUUUGCACUCUUCAAUGAGAAUUUGAAGCCUGAUCCUGUAUCGGAGAGAAACUUUGGCCUCUAUUAUCCUGAUGGCAACCCAGUUUAUAACAUUGGAUUAGAAGGUUAUCUCCCAGAAAUGACUGGGGAGUUCUAUUCCAAAUCUAAAGUGCUGUCCAUCAAUUUUGUCUGCAUAUUUUCAUUUCUGUUGUUCACUUGGGAGCUUUUAAGACAUUGAUGAGGAAUAUAACAAAACAAAUAACUUUCUAGAAUUCAUUCUUUUGUUAGAGAGGCUGUCAAAUGCUGUCCAAUUAGUGCUAGUGCAUGCACCAAGUGGAGUCUGGUGCCCCUGUAACCACCCUCAGAAAACCUUAUUUUCUUCACCAUGUCCAUUAAAAAAAUGGUGAUGGGUCUCCACCUUCAUUAUCUCCCACUUGCAAUCAUGCAUGUGAAUCUUCUGGUGAAUAAAAUUCUCCUUGUCUUCAGCUAUACAAAAGUCCAAUUUCUGUUAUAUCAAACGUGAAAGAAAGCCUUCAGGAAGACAGAUUCAAGGCAAAUUCUAUACUUUUUUUUGUGCACAGCAAUGGGAGGAGUUCUAAUUUGUGUAAUUUUUUUUUAGCUUAAUCCAUUCAUAUGAUUUUUUUUCUUUCACAGUAUGCAAUAGUCAAAGGUAUAGGCCAGAAUUGGAUUCAUGAUUUUUUGACAGAAAGUUGAUACAGAAUAAAAUAUCUUGGUUUUUUGACGGAAUAAAGUAAUCUUUUAGAUGCA